AUGAUUUCUAGAGGUAUUACGAUGUCAGCAACACAGUCAGUGACCUGGCUUCCAAAAAUACCAAAAGCUGUAAAAAUCGGACAUAUACCGCAACGUCUGAAGUCACCGAAAUUAGAUUUCCACAGAGCGCGUUUGGAGAUUCUUAGACGAAUGGCUAGUACUUUAUUUCGUGAAGAACGGGCAGAAUUUCGAUUUCAUCGUGCCUUGGAGCUCCGACCUUAUGUUGAAAGACUUCUUCAUUUUGGGAUUUUCCGUGGGUCGCAGGAUUCCUACACCAAAGAAAUGGUAGAUUGGUGGAUUAUGGAUGGCGAUAUUCGGGAAAAGUUCUUUGAAGUUUAUGUUCCUCGGUUCCAGAAAUAUGAAGGUCCAUAUACUUCAUUAUACUUUAUCCAGGACGAUCCCAAUGAAGGAUACUUCGAUAGAGGUGUUAUUGAAUUAGACGGUAAUCCUUAUCCUCCAGUGAUCACGAAAGAAGUUGAUUAUUCCCACAAUUUGCUGAACAUCCUCUUAAGAAAUGCAGUCUAUCGACAAACAUCAAGCUUGUUAUCUCAGCAAAAAAAUGAGGAACAAAUAAGAGACCUAAAUUGA